AUGGCCUCCAUCGUCCCCACCGCCAACCACACGCCCGCCCGCGCACUUGCCUUUCUUCCACCCCCGCUCCCCCCGUGGCUUCUUGCCGCGCCGGGCUCGACACUCGCCUUAGUCGACCCCGCAGCCGGGCGAGGCGACUCGGUCCUCGCACAGGUCGACCUCCUCCGCGGCUCGGUACUCCAUCAUCUGGCCAUUUCCCGCCACACGGAUGUGACCCCUUCCGGUGCUGAUGCGCUGAUUGUUGCCGCCGGCGGCAAGUUUGUCGCCGCUCUCGCGCUCACGGUCGAUCCGCCAGCACUCGACCUCGUGUUCUGCACCUCGCUGCGUGACUUUGUCACCGAUGUGGCUGUUGCGGGCGACGGUGCGCUGGUCAUCGCCCUUGCAUCGUCGCGCAUUCUGGUUGCUGAUUUGGCGGCCACACUGGCUUCUGCCGCCGCUGCGCUGUGUCCGCCGUCGCCUGUCGUGACCCUUGCCUCGGGCGCGGUGCUGCCGGCCACUGCGCCGCUGGUGCUCCUCGCUCAGUACACUGUCGCCGACUGGUGCAUCCUGUACGCUACAUCGAUCUUUGCCCCCUCUCGUGAUGCUAUCGUGGUUGCUGUCGGCUCGGCGUUUGGCGACGUCAACGUCUGGCGCCUGCCUCCACUGCCGGCCGAGCCGGGCACGCCCAUCGUGCUGGACGCUGACCACGUUGAGUCUGUUGUGGUAGGCCAGGGCAACCGCGGAUGCGGCGCCAUUGCCAACGUUCUCUGGUCGCCGUGCGGCCGGCUCCUUGCGGUCGCCUCGGACGACCGCCUCGGACGGAUCUGGGUGCCAUCUCACGCCGAGACGAGGCCGGCGACCUGGUCGUGCCUGGCUCGGCUGGCAGGCCACUCGGCGCGGGUCUGCGAUGUGGCCUUUGUGGUCCCAUCUCCAGGCGAGCUGCCGACCCACGCCAUUACGGUCGGUGAAGACGUGCUCGCAGCAAUGUGGCGGCUCAACGCUUCCACCCCGGCUUCGCUAGACGGCGAGCUGGCCGAGUGUACCGCCUUGUGGUCAUCUCACGUCGGCAAAAACAUCUGGCGCGCCGCUGUUUCCCCUCGGCUUGGCGUCGUUGCCACUGCAGGCGGCGACGGCGGCAUCAAGCUCUGGCCUCUCGACCAGCCUCGCAUUCUGCGCGAGAGCACCACGCACUCACCUCGCGUGGGCAGCGAUGGCACCAACACCAUUCGCGCCCUCGCCGCCCUGCCUGACGCAUCAUACGUCGCCGCAACUCGCGACGGCCGGAUCCUCGCCUUGCAGCGCCCAGACUGUGUGUGGUCCGAGCUGCUGGCACUGCCAGCCACCGCCGCCCGGCCGGCCCGUGACUUUGCUGCACUCGCAAUCCAUCACACCGCCUCAGACGCGCUAGUUGCGGCAGGUAAUCGGGUCGGCGAUGUCCACCUCGUGCAGAUCUCUGCUGGCAACGAGCCCCUGGCGGCUGUUGUUGAGGCGAGCGAGGCAUCGGCCAUCAUCGGCGUCCACUGGAUCGAGUGGAACUCAGCAUGGAGUGAGGGUCCGGGCCUAGCAAUAGCACACGCCAAUGGUGUACUCGUCAUCUGGUCCGUCAGCUACCAGCCGCUGGCGUUGCGGCCGCUAGCCCGCAUCGCUUUCUUGCAUCGUCGCAAGGUGACGAGUAUGGCGCAUGCCGUCUCGCGGGCAGGUGACGUUGUGACGCUCGCCUGUGGCGACUGCCGCGGCCGAGUUACUGCCGUGCAGCUCGAUGUUAACGCAAGUGCGCUCGGCUUUGACGUCACGGGCGCCGCCUCUCCGGCACCGUCGCCGGCAUCCACGCCGGCAAGCCCGUGA